AUGCGCAUGGUUCUGAUGGGACCUCCUGGUGCAGGCAAGGGCACCCAGGCACCUGCACUUAAGGACAAAUACUGUGUGUGCCACUUGGCUACCGGAGAUAUGUUGCGGUCUCAGGUCGCCAAGAAGACUGAGCUGGGCAAAGAGGCCAAGAAGAUCAUGGAUCAGGGUGGCCUGGUUAGUGAUGAGAUCAUGGUCAACAUGAUUAAGAGCGAGUUGGACAACAACAGUGAAUGCAAGAACGGUUUCAUCCUUGAUGGCUUUCCUCGUACCGUUGCUCAGGCCGAGCGCUUGGAUGAUAUGCUUGCUGCCCGUCAACAGAAACUCCAGCAUGCCGUCGAACUGCAGAUCGAUGAUGCCUUGCUGGUAGCAAGAAUCACCGGACGUUUAGUUCACCCUGCUUCUGGACGCUCCUACCAUAAGGUGUUCAAUCCUCCUAAACAGGAGAUGAAGGAUGAUAUUACCGGCGAGCCUCUCAUUCAGCGGUCUGAUGACAAUGCUGAGACCCUUAAGAAGCGUCUCGGAACAUACCAUGCCCAAACCGCCCCUGUCGUGGAUUAUUAUAAGAAGACUGGUAUCUGGCGGGGAAUUGAUGCUAGCCAGGAACCGGGUCAAGUGUGGAAGAGCCUCCUCGGCGUUUUCCAGCAGAACUAA